AUGGCUCGCUGGCUCUUUGUCUUGGCCACAAUUCUGUUUGUGCUUGGAGAGCAGACGAGUGCCGUCACCAGUCCAAACGUGCUGGUCGAUGAUGUUCAAGUCAAUGCUGGCACAGAUUUGGACGCGCUCAUCACAGCUCUGAACGGCUACACCGUGAUCCAUGGCUCGGUCCAUAUCAACCUAACGGGUGCCAACCCCGGCCUAAGCUGGGCCACAAAGCUCGAGCAAGCCCUCGGCGCCAUCACAGAUAUCCGUGGUCACUUGCUCGUGGUUAACAGCGACUCCAUCUUGUCUGACCUCUCCUUUUUCCAGAAUCUCAGAGUCAUUCGUGCCGAAGACUAUUACUACUUUCGUGAUGAUACCACGCCAGAUAACACAGAAACGGCCAUGGCACUCGUCCUCAUGAACUACCAAACCAUGACCAGCAUCCACCUACCCAAACUUCACCAUUUCAACAACCCUUUUGCCUGUUACCCCUACCGUAUCGACUGGUCCCGGCUGGGUGCCUUGGCGGCUCCUGGUGUCUAUGACUCCCUGUACCCCAUGUCAACGCUGGAGACGUCGCGAUGGGUGGAUAUGACCGGACUUGCGGCCACCUCAAGCGCCUACGUCGAAUACUGCCAAAGCCAUACCCCCUGCCAUGAAAUCUGUGGACCAAUUGGCACCGCCACCUGCUGGGGACCAGGGGCAACGCAGUGUCAGCGUUGCACGUCCCCGAACCUCCUUCUCGCCUACAACGGAUCUUGUGUUGCCGCCUGCCCUGACGGGUAUUAUGCAGAUGAUUGGAUCUGCCAACCUUGCGUCAACGAUUGUGAAACCUGUGAGGGGCCAGAGCUGGGCGCAUGCCUUUCCUGCCCGGUGGACUUUUUGCUUGAGAAUGGCCGCUGCAAGUCCGUCUGCACGGGUGACGCAGUGUACGGGAAUGUCACGACGCGCACGUGCGAAGACUGUCAUCCGCAAUGCACGACCUGCACUUCGCCUCUAUCAACGACCUGUACCCGUUGUGCCGAAGACUUUUACCUACAGCCGGCUCCCAACAACACCGUCUGUGCGGCAGAAUGUCCCAUGGGUUACUAUGCUAGUGCACUUGAAGGUUCCUGUUUACCCUGUGCUGCCGGCUGCCUGGCUUGCACUGGUCCAGCCAACUGCAGCUUAUGUGAUGUAAGCGCCGACAUGUACCGUCUCGUCACGGACGUGGCUCAAGUGUGCCGCCCGGUGAGCCAGUGCGAUUCAGGCAGCUUUGCCAGCCAGGCUCCUACAGCCUCCUCGAAUCGUGUUUGUGCCGCCUACACCAUCUGCCCGACCGGGGAAAGCUAUGUCACCUUUGCAGGCAACGCAUCAUAUGACCGCGUGUGCGAACCUUGCACCACCUGCGACGAGGGCAUGGUCUAUCGACUUGGGACCUGUGAAGGCACCACCCCUGGGGUCUGCGUGCUGGAGAACGCCUGCAGUGCCACGCCGUGCGAAAAUGGCGGCGUGUGUUCCCUGACGACAUCGGGCGAGUUUCAGUGUGACUGCUCUAACACUGGUUUCUGUGGAACUAUUUGUGCUGAGGCAUUGCAAGAUGAUGGCACCUGCGCCAGCGAGCUGCGCUCGCGCGCCAACGAGCGAGAAGCAUCGACCGCCACCACCAUUGGGGCUUCGUUGGGUGGUGUGGCACUGGCCGCUUUGCUUGUAGCGUUGAUUAUCGUGCUUUUGCCUUCGAAGCGAAUCUCUGGAGCAAUGAAAAAGCGCAUUCAGGCUCUCAAUGGCGGCAAAUGGGAACUCGAACGUGAUGACGUUACAAUUGGUCAGCAGCUGGGCGCAGGCCACUUUGGCACCGUGUCACGCGGGCUUUUGCGCAAGUCUGAUGGCACUGGGAAUAUGGAUGUGGCCGUAAAGCAACUGAAGCGAGAGGCUGAUGUGGAUUCGGACGCAGCCGAUGAGUUCUUCCAUGAGAUGAAACUGAUGAUGGAUCUCGGCCACCACCAACACGUUGUCAGCCUGGUGGGCGUCUGCACGACGGAAAAGCCCAUUCUGAUGGUUAUCGACUUUGCCAACGGUGGAGAUCUGCUCAACCACCUUCGCGAUGCGCGUCCCAAUGAGCGCCGAGAAGCCACGCUGCGUGAGGACGACUUUCGGGACUAUUGUGCUCAAGUUGCGGCUGGCAUGGAGUUUUUGGCCUUUAAGCGAGUGAUCCAUCGUGAUUUGGCUGCGCGCAACGUCCUUGUCCACGAUGACGGUAAUGGCGUGGUGCUCAAGGUGGCCGACUUUGGUCUUACCGUUCAACUGCGCAAUGACGAAGAGUUUCGGGUCUGUGAGGAUGACGCUCUACCCUUCAAGUGGCUGGCCCCCGAGUGCUUCACGGAUAAGACCUUUUCUCAAGCUAGCGACGUUUGGGCAUUUGGCGUCCUUAUGUGGGAGGUUUACGCGUUUGGCCAGUCGCCUUUCCCAGGCAUUCAAAACAAUGAGGUGUACGCACGCUUGGGUGAAGGCAUGCGCAUGCCACGCCCCGCUGAUUGUAGCAAGCAGGCCUACGACAUUAUGAUGCGUUGCUGGAAAUUUGAUGCUGCGGAACGACCAAGCUUUUCAACGCUACUCAAUGAGUUGUCGGCCUUUGCGGGCAAGAACAUGCGCGACUAUCGGCACAGUGUCGACAUUACCACCUUGGCACGCGCAGCCGUUGAUCUGGGUGAUGAGGCGUAUGAUAACACGGGUCUGGUUAGCCCCCUGGAGGUCAUUUCUGAAGAAAUGCCCGAGGGCGAGAAUGGUGCUCCUUCGCGCUCCAGCAGCGGCUACGUAUCGACUCUGACCCAAAAUGCCCUCGCCGCGUAUGCAGCUAAUCAGGCUCGUGAGAAAGUUGAAAGAAGUGAGCUUGAGGCGGAACGUCAGUUUGUUCGAGUCAAGUAG